AUGAAUAAAUGUAGCCAAAUUAGAAAGAAUCUUGGCUUUGACUGGGAUUAUACUGAUAAUUAUGAUUACCAUACCAAUGGGAGAAUCUGGCUAACUUGGAACCCUUUAGUCUGGAAUAUGAAAGUCAUUGAGAAAUCAGACCAAUUUAUUCAUACUGAGGUUUAUACUAAACAAGGAGGUUUUUCCCACUACCUUACUGUCAUUUAUGCCCAUAACCAGAUUACUAAUAGAAGGAAGUUAUGGCAAGAUAUGCACAGACUCAAUGACACCAUCACUGGGCCAUGGAUUAGUGUAGGUGACUAUAAUAAUGUACUGAAAGUGGGGGAUAGGCUUGGAGGUAAUGAGGUUCAUAUAGCUGAAUAUAUAGAUAUGGAGAGAAUGAUGAGUGACAACAAUCUCUUUGAACAUGACACAACAGGGCCUGUCUAUACUUGGUCUAAUAGACAAAUGAAUAAUCCCAUUUAUUCAAGAAUAGAUAGAGCAUUAGUCAAUACUGCUUGGUGUAGUGCUUUCCCCAACAGUGAGGUAGAAGUGCUAAACUCUCAUAUCUCAAAUCACUCACCCUUGAGAGUCAAGUUGGAUGGUACAUACCAAUUAGCUAAACACAAACAGAGAUUCAAAUUUCUAAAUUGUGUGGCUGAUCACCCUGAGUUCCUCGCCACUGUGAAAGAGAAUUGGAACCAACAUGUUUCAGAUUAUCCCAUGUAUCACUUAUGGAAGAACCUCCAAAGGCUGCAAUUCAAGCUUAAAGGGCUCAACUGGAAUAUGACUAAAGGUGUUAGAAAUCUCAGAGAAAGUAGAGAUCAAUUAGACAAAGCUCAGAGCUUCCUAAUCAAUGAUCCCCUGAACCCUGAUCUUUGCCAUAAUGUCAAAACCUGGACUGAGGAAGUGAUUAGAAGUGCAGAACUUGAAGAGAAAAUCUUGCACCAGAAGACAAAAGAGGAUUGGAUUUCUUUGGGAGAUGGCAACAAUGCCUACUUUUAUGCAAAACUGAAGGCAAAAAACAAGCAGACCCAAAUCACAAUGCUAGAGGAUGAACAAGGGCAGAAACUUACUGAACAUGAAGACUUGGAAAGAGAAGUCUUAGAGUUUUAUAACAAACUUAUAGGCCAAGAAACCAGUAGCAGGAACCAUGUUGAUAUCAGCAUUAUGAGAAAUGGAGUCCAGUUGAACAGAUAG